AGAGAACACGUCCGGCAAAAAGCCAAAGCUGAUAGAAGUUCAAGUCGAGUAAAAAGGCUAAAGUGAUUUGAAAACAACAAAAAGAAAGAUGCUGUUUGAGUAUUUUAUUUUUGGAGUGGCUGCCUUUGUCAUGACAGGGGCUCAAUGUGAGAUGACUGAGGUGUUUGCUGAAGCAGGCUCUCAGGCUGUGCUGCCCUGUAAAUGCAGCUCUUCAUACUCAUAUUCUCCAUCCAUCAUCUGGACAAAGGUCAACUCAGGCACUGUUUGGAGGAAGCAAAAGAGCGGUCUGCAGCACUGGGGUUCGAGCUGGUAUCCCAAAGGGCUCCAACGUGCACGAUGCCCCCAUUCCCAAUUCGAAAGAGGCGAUUGCAGCCUUGAAAUCAACAAUGUGAGGGAGGAGGAUGGAGGAGUUUACUCUUGCAAAGUGGAAAGUGGACACAAGGUCACUGAAAAUGUGAUCAGCCUCAGAAUCAUUAAAGUGUCCGUCUCGCAAUCGGUUGCCAUAUGGGGGACCGAGGUUUCAGUCAGCUGUAAAGUGACUCCUUGGCCUUACGGAGCUGGUGUGCAGUGGAUGUUGAACAGCAGCCCAUUUGUGCCCCUCACUGGAAUCCCCUCAGUUGAAGGUGUUGUGAAGGAAAGGGCAACUGAAAAACUGACUGGAAACUGGACCUGCAUGAUUGGCUACAAGGGCAAACAAGGGCGAGCUUCAGCAACUCUGACCGUGAAGGGAAUCAUCCAACCAUCCAAAGACAAUACUAAAGUGUAUGCUGCUGUGGGAUCUGAGGUCACACUCCCCUGUGUGUUCUCUUCUGGUUUAAUCCCAUCGAGCUCUGCCUGGGAAAAACUGAAACCCGGGUCUGGUUUUAAUAAACCUGCUCCUGGACGUCUUCCUGCCUCUUUCUCCCCAUCCUCGCCAUCCACUCAGCCCUCUUUGGAUAACUCUGCCAGUUUGAGAGAAGUUGGGUUUGAGGACGAGGGCAGGUACAGAUGUUCUGGCAUUGUGGAAGGACAACGACUGACCCGAAAUAUCCAGCUUGUUGUUGCCAAAAUUGAAAGCAGCAUCACAUCAAAGAAAAAAGGCUCCAUGGCGUUGACCUGCCAACUGACCGACACAAGUGAAGUCACAGACUAUGAGUGGGUUCAUGUGGUCUAUGAUAAUAAUGGCACCCAGUCAUUUGAGUCCAUCCAGAAGGGGAAGACUCUGAGUAUAAGCAAGGUGUCCGAGGAGAACCGGGGCGAAUGGACAUGUCGUUUCUCCGGGAAAGAGGGCAUCUUGGGAAAUGUAACGUACCAAGUUCAACUGAUGAGUGGACUGAGUGGACAAAAAUCAUCAAGUCUCUCACAUAACACUGCUGCCGUGGUCGGUCUCAGCAUUCUCCUUGUUGUUCUACUGCUGAUUUUGGUUCAGAUGUACAAGAACCACCAAAGGAGGAAAAGGAUCUUUCAGUACCCUGCACUGGAGACAAUUGUUCACACCACCUCCAAUGAGCGGGAGGAGAGAGAGAGGAACAGAGAGAAAAAGUAAAGACACAUUAUUGAAGAGGCAUCGCAGGAAAGAUUUCACAAACUGAAGUGACAUCCAUUUUCUCCGUGCCUGUAAUAAGUUGAAAGACUUUUGUUUGCACAAGUUUUGUACAUAAUAUUUUCAGAGCAGACGUUGUAGCAGUGUUGUUGUUGAAUGUAAAAUGUUGUAUAUUGUAAAUAGAAGUGAAAGCAUAUGGAAAGUACAGGAAAAGCAGAGCGGACAGAGAUGGGGAAAUAAGGAAAGUACCUGAAUUCAUGGCUUAACAGUGGCAUUUAAUGCUGAUCUGGCUAAAAGUUGAUCAUGCUCUGGUCAACGACAUAUGGUGAAAACGAUCACAGUCUGAUCACAGUGUAACUAGAAAAGAUGUUGAUGACAAUGAGCAAAUUAAGAAUCGUGUGUUUGGUAACAAUGUAUGAGCUAAUGUAGGAUGUCAGAAAAGUAUAUAAACAGAAGAUCUAUGAGGGUAGAGAAGACUUCUCAAACCUUCAAAAAAAGCUCACUUCCCUACAAGGGAAAAGAAGAAGGGGACCAAUAGAUCAAAGAAGUCGACACUGAAGAUGCUUCCAUACCCAUAAGGGCCUAAGGGUCUCCAUUAUGGGUUGGAGCCAAAGCCUGACAAAGCAUGCAGCAUCUAGUUGAUGCUCAUUAUCUUUGAGAUUCUUGGACUUUUUCUGCCCUCAGCCUUUUCAACCAGAGUAGAUUGUUUGUUAUUGUUGUAUCUUUGAUAUUAAUUGUAAAUGUUUACUAUCUCUUGCUAACUAAUAAAUAAA